AGAAUUAGCCAAUCAAACGAAAGACUGACGCUAUCGAAUCAGAUUACAAGCAGCACCCAAAGGUGUGCAUUACUGCAAACCAAACCUCGUCAGUGCACUCUAUUUGAUGAUAGACGCCCUUAUAAGGAGCAGUGGAUAAUGUAACAGUACGUGGUGGAGAGCAACCUUCGACUGAGGUGGCUCCAUGUACAUUCUGCUGAGCAUCUGAAUCCACCACAAAAACGUCUCAUCUACCAAAAAAUAGCUGGCGUGUGUUUGCUGACUUCUUUCAAAGGUGCACCAACCUGCUUUCUCAUUUCUGCCUCCAAAUUCAUUAAGUAUCCGCAGGCUGAGUAGGAGUUCACUAACUGAGCGCUCCUAUUGUCCAAAUUUGGAUUUGGCAUUCACUGACUGCAAACUGUCAAGUCGUGUUGACUAGGGCAGGAGCAGACCAUGAGGAGUGGCGCCUGUUCACAUGGAAUCAAAGGAUAUGAAACAAAAUCUCGCCUGCCAUCUCCCUGUGGAUCGACAACUUCCUGGCUGGGGGACACCACCUAAUCUACAUGCACAAUCAUCACCGGAGCACCCCAAGGAGGACAAUCCCGUUGCUUUGGGCUUGCUGACUCACCAGGCUCUGGGAAAGCUUCGGGAUCAGCUUAGCAGCCUACUGGACCACCACCAGAAGAUAACAUGCCAACGGACCUCUACAGAGGAACAGUGGGUGAAUAGUUUCCUCUACCAUGGCAACCGCCACUCCUGUCUCCAUUGGCCAGGAGCUGCUCUCACUGUGCUGGUGGCAUUUGGACUAUUGUGUUGCUAUGGCAGUCAACCAGCGGGCAGUUCUGGGAUUGAGGUGGUGAAUGCUGCUGCACUCCUCAUCCUGUUGUUGUUAAAUCUAAUGCUUGUCAGACGGCAGGAGAACCUAAAAAGGAAUGAGAUGGUUCGGCGUCUCAAAGGCAUCAUCACACAGCUCGAUGAUUAUCUUUCCGAUUGGGUAGGUGAAGUGGCGUGGUCGCCAUCUCUUUACCCUGAUCUCUACACACCUUCUUCCCCAUCGUGGUCCCUUCACUGGACAUACCGUGACUCCCAGUUGGUCAAUCUUCCUGUCUGUCUGCUUGUGGAAGGAGAUAUAAUUGUUCUGAGACCUGGGCAAGAAGCAUUUGCAUCUCUCAGAGGAAUCAAGGAUGAUGAACACAUUGUUUUGGAACCAGGAGAUUUUUUUCCUCCAUCUUCUCCAUCUCCUGCACGACAAAAUGAGAAAAUAAGACCCCAGGCCCCACAACAUAAUCGUCUCUUCAGAGUUGUUCGGACUCCAGUCAUAGAUGUCGUCAGGAGUUGUUUGGAGUUUGCAGGAUCCCGGCCAAUUACAGUGCUCGACAAUGAAAGGUUUACAGUGCAGUCCAUCAUCACCAAGCUUGUCUGUCCUGUUGUGCUGGUCAUAUUCCUGCUGGUAAACUCCAUACGCUACUUUUGUGACGCGCCCAACCUCACCCCUAGAAGCUACAAUUUUUUGCAGCUUCAGUUGAUGGGUGUUCUACCUGUCUUACCACUACUAUUCCCUGUCAUGUGGGUCUUGGUCAACGCAUUUGGAGAGGCGAGGGUCCUUGCUGAGUUCAGCCAUGUAUCUCCUGGGGGAUUGCUUGCUAAAUUCUCUGAGGACACUCUAAGCAGCUACACUGAAGUGGUUUCCUCACAGGAGAUGAUGCUUUGUGUGUGGAAACAUUUCGUUGGUGUCCUUAAGGGAGAGUCUCAGACUCUCUGCUACACUUCCAGCCUCUUACAUACACUUGGAUCUGUGACUGUAUUGUGUUGUGUGGACAAACAGGGUAUCCUGUCAUGGCCUAAUCCAAGCCCUGAGACAGUGCUUUUCUUCAGUGGAAGAGUUGAACCACCUCAUAACAGCCAGGAGGAUCUAAUAGAUGGCCUGUCAGUCAACUCCUACUGCAAAGUUGAGACUGAUGAAGAAAGGGAUGAGAUAGAGGAGGUGGAAACUCUUGUCUGUCUACCAGAGGGACCAAUCACCCAACUUGGAGAAAAACCUGAACCCAAUGAGACAUUGCACGAUACGACUUGUUCAACAGAGACACUCAUGCACUGGCGAUCCUGCCAACAUGUAAAUACUCACCCCAAAUACAACGCUGGAUCCAGUGUAAUCUUCAGUCCAAAUACAGAGGGAGGCGAGGACCAAGCCCAGGAAUUUCCAAUGUGUUACCAAGAAACUGAGGCAGAGGAUUAUAUCUGCGACUAUCACCUGGAAAUGUUGAGUCUGUCACAAGACCAGCAAAAUCCAGCAAGUAUUCAGUUUGAUGACCUCUCAUGGCAGUGUCACUUGCCUUCGCUGAAGCCACUGGGCCUCAACAUAAUGCUGAACCUCUGCAACAACAAUGUUACUCAGCAGCUUUGCCGCUUUGCUGAUCAUUUGUCUAACUUGGCACUGCAAGAGUGCCAUGGCAGUGUGCAGCCCGUUUAUGUUCCUUGGGGGCUUGGUGAGCUCUCCAGGCUCAUAGGGUUCACUCCUGGUGCAAGAGAAAUGUUUAAACAGGAGAGCCACUUGGCUCUUUACCAGCUGCCGACUGGAGAAAUCGCAAAAGACGUACAUACACGCCGGUUGCAUUAUUUCACAAAACGCCAGCCCCCUCUCUCUCAUCUGAUCUCCCUGUUUGUACGAGACUCUUCCUCAGAGAGUGUCCAGAUGCUGUCACAUGGCUCAGCUGAUAUUAUUUUGGAGGCCUGCACUGACUUCUGGGAUGGUGCUGAUAUUUAUCCCCUUUUAGCCUCUGAUAGAAAAAAGAUUCUGGACUUCUACCAACGUGCCUGUCUGUCGGGUUACUGCUCAGCCUUUGCCUAUAAACCCAUGCAAGAUCGGUUGUCCAGUCAGUUAAAUGGAAAGUGUCUGGAGUUGGCAUCUGGCAAAUGUCAAUUCUCGGGACUGGAGCUAUCUUUAGCCACCCUGAACAAGCACCCUUCCUGCAGGAACAGUUGGAGCUCAGAUGAGGGUAUUGGUGAAGGAACGGAAAGUGACAACAGUGUGCAAGCCCUAAGUGGACAGAUCUUCAUGGGCAUGGUUUCAUCCCAGUUCCAGGCCCGAUUGGACACAGUCAGACUCAUUGAUGCACUGAUCACGGCAUGCAUCCGAUUUGUUUACUUUUCCAUGGAGGACGAACUCCGUAGCAAGGUUUUUGCAGAGAAGAUGGGAUUAGAGACAGGUUGGAACUGUCAUAUCUCACUGACUUCAAAUGGAGACGGUCCAUGUGAAGGCACGCCCUUCAGCCCAUGUCAUGGCUCCGUCCAUGAAGACCUGAAUCAAGCAUAUUGUCGAGAUGAAGCAGAAGGUCCAUUGCUGUCAGAGGAAGAGGUUCACUCAGACCUGGCAAGUUUCCAGCCCACAGACAGUGAUGUUCCCAGCUUUCUGGAAGACUGCAACCGGGCAAAGCUUCCACGUGGCAUCCAGCAGGUUAGACCUCAUUUGAAGAACAUUGACAACGUGCCUCUAUUGGUGCCACUCUUCACUGACUGCACCCCUGAGACAAUGUGUGAGAUGAUAAAGAUCAUGCAAGAGAACCGGGAGGUAACAUGCUGUUUGGGAAGUGCCUCCAAUUUCCGCAACAGUCGCCUUUUUCUGCAGAGUGACCUCAGCAUCGCUCUGGAUCCACUUUACCCAUCCCAGUGUUCAUGGGAGAUGUUCAGUUAUGCAACCAGAGGUGUGUUGAGCAGGAGCACUGAAGGUCUUUCUCCUCUGAGGCUCUCUGGACAACUCAAUAGUCUUGGCUGCUCUGUAACGUUUCACCAGGGAGAGAGUGUCAGCAUGACCAACCUCAUAGAGCAGGCACGGCACACUACAUACGGCAUUCGCAAGUGCUUCCUUUUUCUGCUACAGUGCCAGCUCAGUUUGGUCAUCAUACAGUUUGUAGCCUGUUUAGCUCAGCUCCCUCCUCCAAUGAACACCACAGACAUCCUCUGGCUCUCAUGUUUCAGCUGCCCACUGCUAAGCUUGUCACUUCUGGGAAAGCCUUCAGAUAGCUCAGUAAUGACUGUUGCCACUGGGAAGAAUCUCGAUUCCAUUCCGAAGAAGACUCAAAACUACUUUCUUGGCUGCUUUGUUUUGAAGUUUGGUUUAACAGUGUGUGCCUAUUUGUUGGCCUUUGGAUUCACACUUCAAGAGGUCUGUCUCAGAAGCAGAAAGUUAACCAUGUUUGCAAAUGUGACUAGAAAUUGCCUUCAUAUACUCACAGCCAGCUCUUCAAACCAUGCUCCUCGUUGGUUCAGUGAAUUGUCCAAUGGCCUGCUGCUGACACAGAAGGUUAUGACUGGGUUCCUGGUCUUACAUACAGUGGCGAUCUCACUCAGCUAUGUCCACCGUUCUCAGUCUCUGUGGCGAAAGAGUCCUUUCAGCAAUCCCUGGUGGUGUCUCACUGUACCUGUGGUUCUGGUCAGUGAGAUUGUACAGGCCACUGUGGAUUACCAAUUGUGGCAUGACCAGCACAGCCUCCUGAACUUUGGUCUCGGUGACAUACCUCUGCUCAGCUGGCUGCUGGUCUCUCUGUCCCUUCUGCUGGUGGUGGUGGUCAAUGAGGUGGUAAAGCUACAUGAGAUAAGGGUGCGGGUUCGCUAUCAGAAGAGACAGAAGCUCCAGUUUGAAACAAAGCUCGGAAUGAACUCUCCAUUCUGAUGAAUGACUGAAGAAUUUGACCAUUAGUUCUACUCAAUAUCAUGAAUACCCAAAAAAGGGGAUUUACCACUUGUUAGUAAAAUAGUAAUGUAAGCUAAAGUGUGCUUUUGUAGGCUUUAAAUUGAGAUUUUUAAACAGGUCUUUUUUCUAUUUUGGUCUGAAUGUUGAAGCAUAUUCAAACACUGUCAGAAAAAGAUUUGUCAUCUGAUUUUAAUUGUUUUUAAAAACAUGGACACUUUUUCUUUUAUGAUAGACAUGAAUUACACUGUGAUCUCUUUUAUGAAUCACUUGAAUUUCCGAAAUGAUGCUUUACAAUUAUCGAUAGCCAAUCAAAUUGUUCGACAUCAGAUGAUCAAUUCAAGAUAGCAUUUGUGAUAAUCAGGCACACAAACUACAGUAUGACAUGCAAUGAUUAUUAAAGCAACAAUCAGUAACGAAC